AUGUCUUGGAAGCUCGCGGAACUGAGAUGGCGUCAAGAUGUUGGCUUGCAGGAGAGUUUCUUCGACAGAAACAAUAAAACCAUACACAGUCACGGUCACAAGCCACCAAAUGACAUCGGCACACCAUGCAACACAGGUCGCUUUCGUUCUCACACUGCUCCAUGGAGUCGAAAUGCGCACCAGGAUAACCCACAAGUAUAUAUCAGCCAGAUCUCAUCGGUCUUGUCGCCGUUGUUGUCAGCCGACAAAAUACGACCGGACCCAAAUGUCUCCGCCUUCUCACCAACGAAUUCAAUCUGCUCAACAACACCUCUUCUCGAACUUGCACCAUACGUACCGAACGCAGGAGUCGAAGGCACAAGCGUCACAGACAACAACAAGCUCCCAGAAGGCUCAAGAUAUUCAUCUCACGACCUUCAGACUCCAAUUCGUGCCUCUUCCCGGCCGGCCAGCCCAUCCGCUUCCCGCCGGAUCAGGCUCCAUCGAAGGGACUCUUCCUUUUCACAAGCUUAUAGCGUUGCCCGACAAGAGUUCCCACCUUUUAACAGUGUAUCACCUGCGAAAACGCGUCUCAACCACGGCACAGAUUCACUUCCUUUGUUAGGACGACGCGUUUCUGCAGGUCCCCUACACAAAGCAGUCAAGCAACAGCCUGCAACACCACUUGGGCAGACUUUGUGUGGAUAUCAGCUUGAUGUUGAUGUGCCUGACCUCUUCAACUUUCCUGCGUCUCCAAGUUUUGGCCUCCAUUUCGACAUACAAGAAGUCAAUGCCACCGUCCAAGAACGUCCGGAUCGCUCAUACAAGUCUUGCCGGUCCAGCCGAUGCCGUUCGCUGUCACCAAGCAUCCUUAGACUCUCGAUUGAAUCAAGACAUCAUUCUGAUUCCUACCUGCUCCAGAGGUACAAGAUGGAUAGCUUGGAGAACUUAUCAAGUUUUCGAUCACAUACUUCGCGAACUCUGUAUCCGGACUUGCGUUCUGCAUAUGCUCAGAUCCAGGGCCGCAGGGUUGCGAGCCAGACUCGGUCGAGUGGAGCCGAAACCCGCUUUCCGCUGAGUCCAUCGAGCUCUUCAGACGAAGACGACUAUUUCGGCAAGGCAUCGUCACUUGCAAAUGAUGCCAUACCAUUGCGUGACUUACCUUGUCGGCGCGUGCCCUCUGCGUUGGGCGUUAUUCACACGGCUGAAACUCAUCACGAGUCCAGCGCCAUUCUUGAAAGCUCUGAUGAUGUUUCAGCACUCGGUUUGGCUGGGCGUCGCUCCUGUACUGUUGAUGACAUCGUCUCUCAGUAUGCCGACCUCACACCGGACGACUCACCAUUUACGCAUUAUUGUUCUAGCCGCGGUGAUUUUGGCCCAGUCACACCAGGUCUUCCGGCUUGGGAUUCUAGGAACCUCGCUGUGACAAGGGUCGAUACAAAGCCAAUAAGUCGCGGUGGGAUAGAACCUCACACCGAGCAGGAUUCUUUUGCGCGAGAGAAAUCCCUCUCCGAAGUAUAUCACCACCAACGGCAAGUUCCGACUCUUGAUUCGCUAGGAGACUUCGAGGGAGUGGUGGACGAAGGCGAGUGGGAGUCGUUGCCAGACAACAGCCGGACGGGAUUCCUGAACCCUUCUGCUCUCCGCUUUCGUUUGACUAAGAGAGAAACUGGCGAUACAUCUCACUCGAGUACGAUUAGCAGAAAAACUCCCCAAACGCCAUGGGAUCCGCUUACAAACGCGCCAAAACAAACAACAUACCGACCUGGUCUGCGGCGUGACAGUCGUUCGUACCAUCAAGACCAUCUCUCUCCGACGCAACCUUCAAGCCGGGAUGAGUUGAUGAAAGAAGGAUGUCUUCAGACGGUCCAGAGGCAAAGCUUUUCGACAACCGCGCAGGAUGAUCUAUGGAGGGCUCGACCAAUCUAUCGCUUGAAUUCUGCCAGCGCUCAUGAUCACAGUCGACAAAGUUCACAACUGGUCAUGCGCUCCUCCUCGCCAGAUUUCACACAACGACGCACCCUGAAAGGCAAUUCAAAUUAUCCAUCAACCUCUUUGUCCUCUCACAUCAACGACAGAACUCUUCCAUCAAGCUCCUUAUUGCCAAAAGGCCUGGAUGAAACCUCUGUCUUCACUCCCUUAUCUCCUGGAGCCCUUUCCGAAACGACUGCCAGCUACUUACCGCCAAACAUGCCUGGUCUCGCCUCAGAUACAGACACUGGCGCAACUCACUUCGGAAACGAGCCCUCGAACGGCAACGGUUCUUCUACACAUUUCACAUCCAGACGGACUAGACCUACAGUCAGCGGACUUAUCGACAUGAUUACCUCUGCAAUGGAAGACACACCACCAAGCGGAUCCCACACCUACAAAACACAAACACACUCUGAUUCAAACAACGAGGUUCUCUUGCGUUGGCGACUCAGUCAUGGUGGCUAUACCACAAGCGAUGGCGAUAUCUCUCGAUUCCUCAGAGACAGUCGAGACCUUCGACAAGGACCACUUGAAGACGAAGUUGAGAAUACUCUCUACAACCAUGCAGGUGUCAAAACAACGGGAAGCAGCCUCGCAAACUACUCAUCCGAUGGUCUUCCCCUCCACAGAACCGAAAACAAUGAUCAAGCUGCUCUUACCGGUACACGAAUCAAUGAUGACGACUCCUGGCAAGCUGGUGAUCUCUUGUGUGCAAGGAAGAGUGGCCGUGACUCCUCACACACCAGCGAUCGUACCAUCUCCUCUCGGUUUACCAGUAUCAGUCCAACUGCCUCGAUGUUGUCUGCCGAGCUCAACGCUCGUUUUACACCUCAAGACGUGCCUAUCGACAUGGACCACUGUCCGUCCUUCCCUCUGACGCCUGCCCAAUUGUCAAUCAUCAGGCUAGAGGGAUUUGGCAGGGUGCCAUUCGAGCGCCUACAAGUGCUGGAGAACGGCGAUUGGCUGGAGAAGGCAUGGUGUUUUGUCCACCACAGGGUAGAGUUUAGUCAUGCGAGCCUCGUUGAGAGGAAGGCUGGGGUUGUUGCUGCUGGUGCCGUUGAGAUCCAGCGCGAGGCUGGUCGGUUCCUGUUGGUGGUCUCCGUGGCCACAUACGUGGUGGGUGGUUUUGUGUUGGCUCAUGAUAUGGGCAAGGGAGGUGUCUUGUCAUCGGCAGCAAUGGCUGCGUUGACCGGCGGGUCUGUUUCUCGCGUCCACCCAGUGGACAUUCGAUUGGCGCAAGCCAUCGAGAAGGGUGGUCUUGUGGUGGUGUGUUGUGUGCUGGCGGCCUGUGUGGGUGUUUUGGUGUGGUCGGCCACCAACUAG